UUUGUUGUUGUUGUUGUUUUGUUUUCGAGUGACGUGGUUGAUCUCUCUCCCGCCGACGACACAAGAACGCGUUCGUUUCACCGGCUAGUCUUCUACUCUCUUAUUUCCCCCUUCGCGUUCUUCCUCUCUGUUAGGUUACAACACUGUUUAAUCGAUCAUGGCUACGUUGUUUGUCUCUGAUUCGGUUACGAUCGACGGCAAUGGCCUCGUGUUGAUUUGUUUUCUCCGGUUAUUGAUGACGCCGGAGAUAGUGUUUUUGUGUGGGUGGUGUAUCUAAUUGUGUCGAUCGAUUGAAAAAGAAUUGAUCUUCGGCCAUGUCUUGGUCGAAGGCUUGUAGAGGAACUCGGAUUUCUUCAUAUUUAGAGAACCUUCAUCGAGCAUCGCAGCCUUCGAGGACUGUUUUAUGCUCUCGUUAUUACACUCAUGGAGGUUUUAAAGGCAAUGAGCAUAAUCUCCGAAGCAAGAGAGUGUUUUGGGGAAGCUUGAAUUCACACUCUGCUACUGCUAACUCGAUGUUACUCGGUGUCCAUCGCCAGUAUUCUACUCACUCUCCCACAGAAACCAAAUCACAGAAAAUGCUCUAUUACCUCACUGCUCUUGUCUUUGGUAUGGUGGGGUUAACUUACGCUGCUGUUCCGUUGUAUAGAACAUUCUGCCAAGCUACUGGAUAUGGAGGUACUGUUCAACGCAAAGAGACUGUUGAGGAGAAGAUUGCUAGGCACUCAGAAUCUGGUACCGUCACUGAAAGGGAGAUUGUAGUGCAGUUCAAUGCUGAUGUUGCAGAUGGGAUGCAAUGGAAAUUCACUCCAACUCAAAGAGAGGUUAGAGUAAAGCCAGGAGAAAGUGCGCUCGCUUUUUACACUGCUGAAAACAAAAGUUCAUCUCCAAUAACCGGAGUCUCAACAUAUAAUGUCACUCCCAUGAAGGCAGGAGUUUAUUUCAACAAGAUACAAUGUUUUUGCUUUGAGGAGCAGCGACUCCUUCCUGGGGAGCAAAUCGACAUGCCGGUCUUCUUCUACAUUGAUCCUGAGUUUGAGACUGAUCCAAGAAUGGACGGAAUCAACAACUUGAUAUUGUCUUACACUUUCUUCAAAGUGUCAGAGGAAAAUACUACAGAUACGGUCAACAAUAGCAGCUCUGUAGUUCCACUUCAAGAAACCAAAUAAGAAGUGUCCAUUUUUUAAAGAGAACUAAUGAACUUGUGACACAGUCUCCCUUAGAUAGAUUCAAUAAUCAAUUUCCAUUUUGGGAAAAUUGUUGGUUAUUAUUUGUUCAGAACCCACGGAACAGAAACAAAGAAGUGGAAUGUUGGUACUUUGAAUUUGCUAGAAACUCUGGUUUCUGUUUUUUCUAGCUCGAUUUAUUUUCUCUUCUGUGGAGCUUUUGUGUCUAGCUCGAGUUUCUCAACUCUACAACGAUGGAAAUUUUGUUGUAUGUCUACUACUUUAUUGAAUAAUGCAGUGUUUGUGGAUUUUGAAGUGUCUACUA